AUGGAGAGCGUUCUUUAUUUUGCAGUUGUAGUUUACAAGGUCUUGGUUCUGCUGAUCGAGGAGUUGGGAGGAAGCAGCAUUUUUCUGCACCGGUUCUUCGGCAAACCGUUCCGGAUCAGCACUGGGCCCUGCUGCUGCUGCUGCCCCUGUCUACCCCACGUUCCCAUGUCACGGCGGAUGUUGUUCCUGCUGAAGCUGGGGGCUCUGCAGUAUGCAGUCCUAAAAACAGCACUCUCUGUCCUUGCUGUAGUCUUGUGGACUAACGGGAACUUUGACCUCUCUGAUUUAGAGAUUACUGGAGCAGCCAUUUGGCUCAACCCGUUCAUUGGAGUCCUCACCAUCAUCUCCCUUUGGCCUGUUGCCAUCAUCUUCAUGAACACGAACAGAUUCCUCCGCAGCCUCAACAUUGUACCAAAGUAUGCCAUGUACCAGCUGAUACUCGUGCUGAGUCAGCUGCAGACGUCAAUCAUCAACAUCCUGGCCUUAGAUGGAAGCAUCGCCUGCGCUCCUCCUCUCUCCUCCCAGGCUCGAGCAUCCAUGUUGAGUCAGCAGAUGAUGAUCAUGGAGAUGUUCAUCAUCAGCCUGGUCACUCGGUUUUUGUAUCAUCGCACGUAUGACCCACUUCCUUCUGAGGCGCAUGAUGACCAGCAGGACAACAAGGCGGCCCUGCAGGCUGCUCUGGUGGAGCACAAUGUUUAAAAAAAACAGUGUAUCUUUUUAUAAUAGG